CAGUAUAAACUUGGCAUUUGCUGACGAAACGCUGACUGUUUAAUUUACUAGAGAGUCUCUAAAGUUAUUGGUGCGACUGUGACGUAAUCAUGUGGCCGCCCAACCACGCCCACAAGACCUGGCUUUUAAGCCUGGCCUUCGGCCUUUGUCUUUUGAUGAGCCUGCAGAUGCUAACGGUAUCGGGGAUCGAGUGCUAUGUGUGCGACACGAGCGACACGGAGCACCCAUUCCAGUGUGGCGAGUGGUUCGAGCGGUACGACGAGCCGGACAUCCAGCCACAGAACUGUUCCAGUGUACAUGGCGCCCAGUUCUGUGUGAAGCACGUGGGGCGCUUCGAGGGCGGAAUCGGGGCAAAGAGGUUCUGCAGCUCGAAGGACAUGGGCAACUACUGUGACUAUGUGCGGAAUAAGGGCGAUCGCAUGGACUAUCGCAGUUGCAUUUACACUUGUGAUACGGACGGUUGCAAUGCCGCUGGAAGGCUGGAACUGGAAUGGGGCGUGGCAGCGGCACUCCUCACUCUCACUUGGCUCUUACACCGCUGACAGAGAGCAAGAUGGGGAGUGAGAGGGGUAGAGAUCACUGCUUUAUCAUUUUUUUUAUUAAUUGUAAGUUGUAACAAAGUAACUGACACACAAACCACACUCUAGUAUAGAGAAAUACAAAACACAAAACCAAAAAUAUAUAAACAAAAACCCAGAAA